AUCAAGGGCAUGUGCAAAGAUGGCCAAUAGUGGAAGAAAACGAUUAGAAAUUGACAUUGAUGAUGUAGAGUUUCUGAGAAGUCUACGAUUUACAUGGGAAAAAAUAGCCUCCAUUUUAUGUGUAAGUCGAUCAACACUGUACAGAAGGCUACAAGAAGUGGGUUUGGCAACAGCAAUUACUUAUUCUGAUAUCACUGAUCAGAAUCUUGAUCGGUUGAUUUACACCAUUAAGGAGACACAUCCCAAUGAUGGAGAACGAUUGAUGUUAGGCCAUUUGAGUAGCUAUGGUAUAAGAGUACCAAGACAUCGUCUUCGUGCAUCAAUUCAUAGAGUCGAUCCUAUCAACACAGCUCUAAGACGUAGUACUAUUAUUAGACGAAGAAGGUACCAUGCAAGUGGUCCAAAUGCUGUGUGGCACAUCGAUGGUAAUCAUAAAAUGAUUCAUUGGCAUUUAGUAAUACAUGGAGGAAUAGAUGGUUUUACAAGAACAAUAGUUUUUCUAAAAUGCUCCGAUAAUAACAGGGCUUCCACAGUACUUGAUUCUUUUACUAAAGCUACUCAAUCAUAUAAUGUUCCAUCUAAGAUACGAACUGAUUGUGGAGGAGAAAAUUCAGAGAUUUGGCGUUGCAUGAUAAAUUAUCAUUCUACACCUUCUUCUGUCAUAACAGGGUCCUCUGUUCAUAAUGAAAGAAUAGAGCGUUUAUGGAGAGAUGUUACUAGAUCUGUGAGUUCACUCUUUAUUUCAGCAUUUCAAGAAUUAGAAGAAGAUGGGAAACUUAAUCCCACUAAUGAUUUAGAUGUUUUUUGUUUACAUUGGGUGUAUUUACCAUUAAUAAAUAAAACUUUAGAGGAAUUUAGAGAGAGCUGGAAUAAUCAUCCAAUUUCAACAGAGCACAACAAUACGCCAAAUCAGCUAUUAUGUCAAGGACUGCUUAGUCAAGAUUACUCUCAGCCAACUGCUACAGUGAGUAAUAGGAUACAAAUACCUUCCUCCACUAACUCUGUGACAGUUUCUUUUGACAAAUUUCAACCUUGCAACACCCUCAAAGUAACACUUCAAGCUGUAACACAUAAUUUACGAUCUAUAGAUGAAGCAGCAUCAAAAUAUAUUCAGGUAGCAAACAUCGUGGCAAGCCACUUAGUUGCCAACUGUAAUUUGUGUUCAUAACUAAUUACCAUUAGUGACAAUAACUUUAUCAAUAAUUUUAAUGUAUUAAA